UCAAGCAUAGAUCGUUCAUCUGGUUAUCCCAGCUAUGCAGGAUAUUAAAUGUGUGGUUGUUGGUGAUGGAAAUGUUGGAAAGACAUGCCUCGUGAUAAGUUAUGAAAGCAAUGCUUUCCCCAGGGAAUAUAUCCCAACUAUUUGUACUGUGGUGGUAGAAAGAAAAACAGUGAAUUUGGCAUUAUGGGAUACAGCUGGGCAAGAAGAAUAUGACAAACUGAGGCCACUUGCAUACCCACACACUGAUGUUUUCUUAAUCUGUUUUUCGUUGGUAUAUCCAGCUUCAUAUGAAAAUGUUCAAGAAAAGUGGUUUCCAGAAGUGAAACACCAUUGUCCUCAUAAGCCUAUUAUUCUAGUAGGAACCAAACUUGACCUUCGUGAUGACAAGAAGACCAUUGAAAAGCUUAAAAAAGAGAACAAGUCCCCAAUCUCUUUCCAACAAGGGUUGACACUAGCCAAGAAAAAUGAAGCUGUGAAAUAUGUAGAGUGCUCUGCUCUCACACAGAAAGGACUAAAAACCGUCUUUGAUGAAGCAAUCCGAGCUGUCUUUCUUCAACUACCUUCCAAGCACAAAAAAAAAAAGUGUGUUCUGCUGUAACUUCCACUGUUCUAUGCAGGACUUCUUGUCACAAUUUACUUACAUACAUCUUACAUAUUUAAUAUUAUUGCUUUUUAAUUUAAUUUCCCAUCAAUAAAACAACAAUUGUGUAAUCCUAUAUUUCCAUACUGGAGAAAAUUAUGAAACAAAUAGAGAAUAAUGUAUAUUUAAGAGAAAAAUGCGUUGUUAAAAUAUACUUUGAUUGGUGGGGAAGGUAGAGGAAUUGAGAGGUAUAGAAGGACAUUGUUACCUGUUUUGCAAAGUACCCCGCACAUUUUGAUAGAGCCCAGGAUUUGUGCCAUACUUCAUAUUGGUUUUGUAUUAACUUGCAUUAAACAUCUU